AGGAAACUGAUUGCCCCAAGGCUGCUGUUUUCAUUUCCUCAUGGGAAGAAGAAGCAGAGCAGAGAAGAAGGGCAGACACACAAAGCAUUGAUCCUCUGUCACCAUGGGGAACUGGGUUGAAAAUGAGGGACUCUCCAUCUUUGUCGUUCUAAUAUGGCUGGGGAUGAACGUCUUCCUCUUUGUCUGGUACUACAGAAUCUAUGCGUUGAGAAGGACAUUCUUUUACACUCAAAAACUUCUGGGGAUCGCACUGCCAUUGGCCAGGGCCCCUGCAGCCUGCCUGAAUUUCAACUGCAUGCUGAUUCUGCUGCCAGUCUGUCGAAAUCUGCUCUCCUUCCUCAGGGGUUCCAGUGCGUGCUGCUCGACAAGAAUUCGAAGACAACUGGACAGGAACCUCACCUUUCAUAAAAUGGUGGCAUGGAUGAUCGCACUUCACACUGCGAUUCAUACUAUUGCACAUCUGUUUAAUGUGGAGUGGUGUGUGGAUGCCCGAUCCAACAAUUCUGAUCCUUAUUUAAUAGCACUCUCUGACCUUGGAGAUAAUCCUAAUGAAACUUACCUCAAUUUUGCUCGAAAGAGAUUCAAGAAUCCUGAAGGAGGCCUAUAUGUGGCUGUGACUCGGUUGGCAGGCAUCACUGGUAUUGUCAUCACACUGUGCCUCAUAUUAAUUAUCACCUCCUCCACCAAAACCAUCCGGAGAUCUUACUUUGAACUGUUUUGGUACACACACCAUCUCUUUGUGAUCUUCUUCAUCGGGCUCGCCAUCCACGGAGCUGAGCGCAUUGUACGUGGGCAGACCCCACAGAGUUUAGACGAACACCAUCACGAAAUUUGUGAGAAAAGGAUCUCAGAAUGGGGAAAAAUAAAGGAAUGCCCAAUCCCACAGUUUUCUGGGAACCCUCCUAUGACUUGGAAAUGGAUUGUUGGUCCCAUGUUUCUGUAUCUCUGUGAGAGGUUGGUACGGUUUUGGCGAUCUCAACAGAAAGUGGUCAUCACCAAGGUGGUCACUCACCCUUUCAAAACCAUUGAGCUACAGAUGAAGAAGAAGGGAUUCAAGAUGGAGGUGGGACAAUACAUUUUCGUCAAGUGCCCCAAGGUGUCCAGGCUGGAGUGGCACCCUUUCACGCUGACCUCCGCCCCUGAGGAAGACUUCUUUAGCAUCCAUAUUCGUAUCGUUGGGGACUGGACAGAAGGACUUUUCAAUGCUUGUGGCUGUGAUAAACAAGAGUUUCAAGAUGCUUGGAAACUACCUAAGAUAGCUGUUGAUGGGCCCUUUGGCACCGCCAGUGAAGACGUGUUCAGUUAUGAGGUGGUGAUGUUGGUGGGAGCAGGGAUCGGGGUCACACCCUUCGCAUCCAUUCUCAAGUCCGUCUGGUACAAAUAUUGCAAUAAUGCCACCAAUCUGAGGCUCAAAAAGAUAUACUUCUACUGGCUCUGCCGGGACACGCACGCCUUUGAGUGGUUUGCCGACUUGCUGCAGCUGCUGGAGACCCAGAUGCUGGAGAGGAAUAACGCCGGCUUCCUCAGCUAUAACAUCUACCUCACCGGCUGGGAUGAGUCUCAGGCCAAUCACUUUGCUGUGCAUCACGAUGAGGAGAAAGACGUGAUCACAGGCCUGAAACAAAAGACCUUGUAUGGACGGCCCAACUGGGAUAAUGAAUUCAAGACAAUUGCGAGUCAACACCCAAAUACCAGAAUAGGAGUUUUCCUCUGCGGACCUGAAGCCUUGGCGGAAACCCUCAAUAAACAGUGCAUCUCCAACUCUGAGUCUGGCCCUCGGGGAGUGCAUUUCAUUUUCAACAAGGAAAACUUCUAACUGGUCUCUUCCACGAGAAAAUCAGUGAGGAUUAUGCUGCCAAGUACCCAACCCAAUAAUGCUAGUUGAUAAUGUAAGUUCCCCCCUUAAAAAGAGAGAGAAAAUGAAGUUACAAUGUGCAGGUUUUCCCUGAAAGGGAUGUCAAAGAUGUCAAAGAUCAUUUGAUAGUGGUAAUUUGCAUUUGUAUGGGGCUUUAUGGUUUUCAGAGCACUUUUACAAACUGUAUUUCAUUUUUCACUCACAGUAAUGCCAGAGAAAGGUAGGACAAGGAUUCCUGGACUCAGUAUUUAGGAUAAAAAAAAUAGGGACUCGAAAUGGUGAAGUAACUUCUUAACAUUAUGAAGCUUGGACCUAGUGCACGUCGCUCUGGGUUUUGUGGUCUUUCCAUGAUACCAGGCUGCCUUAAACUAAGAACUGGGACAAAUAGGUAUGUGAUAUGCCCAUCUGCUUUUAAAAAGCAUCUACCCCUUGUUUUAUUUAAAUACACACACAAAAUGUCUCUUAUUUGUGUGGCUAAUGUUUUAUUGUCAUAUCAUCAUCAUCAUCAUCACCAUCAUCAUCAUCAUCACCAUCAACAAAUUUAUGCCCUAGAAAUGAAAAUCCCCAGCUUUACUGUGUAGCUAUUGAAUUCACACCCCAUAGAAUGUUCUAGAUAUCCAUGAGUUCAAGAGAGAGCCUCUAAAUCACUGUUAGUGUGGCCAGAAACAGUUGGUUUUUUUCUUAGAACUGCUUCUAUUUCUGGAAACUAAAACAGCUUUAUUUGCCCCACCCUCUGAAGCCACAGAUAUUUAGAACUACUUUGGUAAUGAGGAAGGAAGAAAAGAAAGCUGGGGGAAGGGCACAAGACUGGUUUAGGAGGAAAGGGUGAGGGAAGGGGGAAGAGAACAGGAGAAUGAAAGAAAGCAAGAAAGUUCUCACACUGGUCACUUUCCACCCUAGAUUUCUUAGUCUUGUUAUGUAUUGAAUGUAAUUGAAGGAGGCUUACACAUAAUUCAUUUUAUUUUGAUUACAUGUGGUAUUGAAUCUGAGAUUCUGGUUGCAAAUUUUGACGCUGGAUGGGCAUAUGCAUUGGACUGGGAUGAAGUAGUAAUAACUCAGUUGUUCCUUUGGGCUCCCGGGACAUGCAGGUCACUGAGGGCUGGUCCCGACAAGUCAGGCUUGCUGUGAGAAUGUUGCCUCCCCAGAAUGUCCCAGGAAGGUUUUUACUUACAGAAACUUAGGUCCAGCCUGUUCAUACUGAAACCCAGGUAUCACUUGAUUCAUUCACCAAAUUUUUAUUGUGCUAUUUACUAUGACUCGGGCUCUGUGCUCAUAGUUUCAGUUCUUUAUACCAAUGUGUGAAGAAGCAAUCACAGUUCUGAAAAUUCUGAGAAUCCUGGCCGUCUCUAACCCUGUGGCAUGAGUAAAACCAACUCCCUUGUUGCUCUGAAAAUAUUUCUCCAGGGUUUUUUACCUUGAUACCAGAAUAGUUACCAAAACAGAGAGCCCUGUCCUGUGUUAUCCUGGUUACGAGAUGAAAAAUGAAGUGUAAAAGUGCUCGCCAUUACCAUAUUCUUCUCCCAAGCAGCUAGCUGCCAGCUGCCAAUACAGCUUUUUUCAGCUUUUAGUAUUUAGCGCUUAGCAACAGGUACCAAGAGGAUGAUUAAGCAUUGUUUUUAAUCUCAACGCUAUGAAGGCUUCUCUGAGUUCUCCUGCUUUUGCAAUAUUGCAUUUAUGAAAUUUGAAUACUUGUAGGUGCUGUAUUUGAGUACUUUGGUGGGGAGGGGGGGCUCUGGGAUAUAAUCCUAGGAAGAACUGUUAAAACCGUGCUCAACUAUUAAAAUUGAUGAGCUUC